AUGGAGAGCGAUUGGGGACGAGAUUGGGAUGAUUUGAGCGAUUCGAGAGCGGACGCGACGGAGGAAGCGACACGCGAGGAUGGGAUGCGUGAUUUUGAUGAUUUCCAACGCGACGCCACGGACGACGCGGAGGCGACGACGGUGGACGCCACGAACGACGUCGCGGAGUCAGAAGACGCUGGUGAUGAUGCGAACGCUCACUCAAAGUCGUCGUCCAAAAAUUUCAAGAAACGAUCGAGAGAGUCGCUUGCCAGAGCGUUUAACGCGCGGUCGCUCGUCGACGGCUUUGCGCCGCUCGCGACGCCUCGGAACGCGCGUCGAUCGCGAUCGUCGUUCGACGAUCUCACCGAGGGCGAGGAUGAUGGAAACGACGAAGACGAUGUCCGAACGCGAGAUCUCGAGCGAGGAAUUCCAUCGAGGAGAAAGGAGAAGAGGCGCACGCGGGGCGGCGCCGCGCGGGCGUUCGCUCGCAGAGCGCUGCGUUGGGACGCGAAGGCGCUGCGAUUGGACUCGAGAAAACUCGCGGGUGAGCGCGAGUUACUCGAGGCGCGUUCGACGUAUGCGAACGUGAACGCGUGGUACGAUGCGUGCGAGGAAUUGGCGUACGAGGAGGCGCGCGCGACGAUGUCGAAAGCGGCGGCCGGGGCGAGCGAAUCGAAUGCGUUCCGAGUCGUCGCUGAGCGCGGAAGAGACGUCGCGGACGGGCUCGUCGAACUCACCGCGCGCGUCGUUCGAGGCGGGAAGGACGUUCAGGAAGAGUGGUGUCGACCGUGGACGGCGUUAAUGGUGUAUCGAGAGGGCGGACGCGCGGUGACAACGGCGCUCGUGGCGGCGAGUCGCGAGGCGACGAUGAGCUCGGUUCCGUUGUGGGUACGCGCGAGCGAUUUUCCAAAGAGCAGUACGACGUCGUUCGAUCUGAAAAUUGUACCGCUUGAUUCCCUACUGGUGCACCAACGCAUGGUGUGUGCCUGUUAUCUUCGCCCGAAAGUUGCGUUCGCGCAUCAGCUCAUAGGGCACAAGCGAGCCACACACGUGAAAUUUUACGAUUCGGAAGACGAGGACAACACGCCUUUGAUGGAUGCGUCCGUCCAAGGCGGUGACGACGCGGAAAUAUGUGACGACGACGAUUUGAAUGCGUCACAGCGUCGCGCGAUGCAACGUUUUCUCAACGCGUCGCACUCGAACGCACUGCAAAUGGUGCAGGGGCCGCCUGGAUGUGGGAAGACGCGUUUCGUCGUCGCGUUGCUUCGACGAUUGAUGCGAGACGAUCAACGCGUGCUCGUGUGCGCGCCGAGCAACAAGGCGGUAUGUGUGGCGAUGGAACUUUAUUUAAGCACGUGUGGUUUAGUUCACGACGACCGCUGCGCGCUCUUAGGAGUUGAGGACGCACUUCGAGAUGCGUCAUCGAUACAAGGAGCUGGCGGUGUUUUGGAUUACUUUGUCUACAGGAGAUGCGGUGUCAUCGCGUUACCGCUCGAAUCUGCUCUACAAGCGCUCGGUAAACGGCGCGACGACAACGAUGCUCUCAAAACUGUCCGAGCGCGCGCGCGCACGACUCGGGAACGACUUCAGGUGGUCGCCCCAGACUUCAUCAAGGGCGACAUCGCGCGCGGCUUACGAGCGCUCGAGAGCGUUUCAGGCACCGCCUCAGAGACGCUCGAGCUAGGGAAAGAGGUGAUGUCGGCCAUCUCAUGCGGGUCCGAUCGUGGCGAUCGAGUGGAAGACUUUGUGCGCGAAGCGCUCCAUCGUGCUCGGCUGGUUUUCUGCACACUUGCGAGCUCUGGGCAGUCGCUAUGCCAAUCGAUGGAACCGCCAGACGUCUUGCUUGUCGACGAAGCCGCGCAGGCGCUCGAACCUGAGAUUGCGAUACCGUUUCUCCGUCUUCCUCGAAAGGUUUUACUCGUGGGCGAUCCGGCGCAGUUGCCGGCGACGAUGUGCUCCGAGCUCGCUCGCCGACUCGGUCACGCGAGGAGUCUCAUGGAGCGCCUGAUGUCACUCGACGACUCAGCGGCGAACCUUUUGGAUACGCAGUACCGAAUGCACCCGCGCAUUUCGAGCUGGCCGUCAGCGCGGUAUUACAGCGGCAGAGUCAUGGACGCCGAGCACGUCAUCGAACGAGAACAACCGCUCGACUUUCCUCGGUGGUUACCGCCGUACGUCUUCGUUGACGUCAAGAGAGGCGUUGAAUACGGCGGUCGCGGGAUGAGCAAGCGAAACGACGCAGAGGCAGAAGCCGUGUGCGACGCGAUCCAAGCUAUCCGCCGGGGCUCGACAUUUUCGAUCGUCGUCAUCACAUUUUACAGCGCUCAGGUGCGAAAGAUUCGAGCCGCUCUCGCCGCUCGCGGUCUGCGAGGGUUUGAUGUGCACUCGGUCGAUAGCUUUCAAGGAAGCGAGGCAGACGUCGUCGUGUGCUCGGCAGUGAGAUCCAACACGAAGGCUCGCGUGGGAUUUCUCUCAGACAGUCGUCGAUUGAACGUUGCGCUGACGCGGGCGAAGCAUUCCUUGGUAUUUUUGGCGUCAUCGGACACGCUGUCGCGAUGCGACGUGGACGAUUUGCGUUCGCUCGUCGAGGACGCGAGAGAGAAAGAUUCGUGGGUCACAGAGGAAGAUUUUAGACGUAAUUUUAGCACGGAUUAG